AUGGUGAUCGGUGAUGUCCUAAAUUCUCGGUAUCAAGUCGUUGGUAAGCUUGGGUUCGGGGUUUCGUCGACGGUUUGGCUCGCUCGGGACAUGAGGGAUCGUCGUUACGUUGCUUUAAAAGUCUACACUGGCGAUGAAGAUAACAAGAACGAGUUCGAAAUCUACAAACAACUCUCCAAAAACUCGCAACAUCCCGGGCGCGAACAUGUGAGGGAGGCCCUGGAUUCGUUCACACUAUCCCGACCGGGUGGAGACCACCAUUGCCUUGUUCAAAAGCCUCUUUGGGAGAGUUUGCAUGAUCUCCACUACGUCAUGCCGCAUGCUCGCUUGGAGGUCGACAUCUUAAAAUCUGCAAUAAAGCAAAUGCUACUCGCAUUGGAUUACAUACAUACCGAGUGUAAGCUCGUUCACACAGAUAUCAAACCGGAUAAUAUCAUGCAGGAGCUUAACGACACCUCUGUUCUCGAAAAGUUCGUUCAGGACGAAGUGAAGAAACCAUCACCUCGUAAGAUCACCGGUGAUAGGAUCAUCUAUCUUUCUCGUCUUUUAGACCCCCCGAAACAGUUUGGCCGAGCCUUACUCUGUGAUUUCGGAUCGGCUGUUCAGGGAGAAGAGGAAAGAAAUCACAAUGCCCAGCCUGAAAUUUACAGAUCGCCGGAGGUCAUGCUGAUGGCGAAUUGGAGUUACCCUGCUGAUAUUUGGAACCUGGGUGUUAUGAUCUGGUUUCUUCUUCAAGGUCAACUUCUCUUCACCGGUCUGCAUCCUACUCUGGACAAAUAUAUUACCCGCGCACAUCUUGCGGAAAUAGUCGGACUAUUAGGGCCGCCACCCCAUGACCUCAUUCAAAAAGGAGUUAGAGGCUCUGAGUUUUUCGAUGAAGACGAAGAUCGGAAGACUGCCGCAGCUCUGCUUCAAGAUCCGUGGCUGAAUAGUUAA